CCCCAAACCGGGCAACUCCAGCGUGUCUCCGUCUUUGGUGAGUGCGCACCCAGCUGGUCUCUGUCCCGGUGCCCCAGGGACGGCGCCCCCUCGCGAGUUGGGGCUGGAGAAAUUUCGCUUGUGUUCUCUGAGUGCUGAGGUGAUCGUCCCGACCCGGGAACAGAAGGGGUGGGGAAGGGACUACGAAGGUGUAACAGUAGAAGUGGAACCAAAGACCCCUGGCGCCAAGAGGGAGAUACAAGGAGAGAGAUCCCUGGCUCUGCCACAGCCACCACGGUGGUCUCGGGGAGAGGGUCAGGGAGGAGACUCCAGCUCUGGUGCUCCAGGCUCUUCGGUGCUUACUGGAGGAGCCUCCUGGAGCUCAGUGGAGAGCCUACGGCGGUUGUAGUAGCGACUCCCAGAGCGGCUGCCGUGACAUUGCACCCAGCACCGCAGUGGAUCUCCUCCCGGGCCGCGGGUAGGAGACUCCAUCAGGCGCAGAACGCCCCCCUCUCUAGAGAGGCGGAGGUCUCGGGCUGGGACACUGUGGGGAUGCUAGGAUAGCGUUGACUUUCUAGACCAGAGGUGGUGGGACAGUCUCCGGAUGGAGUCUUCCAAUCAUCUGUGGGCAGGCGCAAACCCUGGGAGGAAGCUGUCGUCCCCCGGGACACCUCUAAUACCGCCCUGCUUUGGAUCUUGGGAGAAGUUGGAGUUUAGGACAGCACAACAAGAAGCGGUGUGUUGAAAAGUGGGUAGAUUAGGGUGGGCAAAGUGAGCUCGGCGGUGGCAACUCUAAACUUGGAAUCUGCCCCAAACCCGUUAGGCGCCGCAGCUGCCAAGAAAUAAUGUGACAAAAGUUAGCAACUUGUCUGCAUCUCUGUAGUGUGACCUGCGCAGGGCACGGUCUGCCGCUUUGAUAAGUGCACGGGGUGGGAAGUGGUGACACCGGCCAAGGCGACUUGGUUGGAGUACUGUUAGCUCGGAAUCGGACCUUUGCGCAAGCAACUUUCAGCCCUCGUUUUUCUACGCGUGGGCGUUUGAGUGUGACCUUGCGGGAGGCAGCGCGACUGAACUCGAGACAGGGACUAAGCCUCCCGGUGCCCGCCUCAUAGUACAGGCUUGACUUUGCUGAGUUAGCAAUGCCAUCAAGGAGCAACUGGCACUUUGUUGGGUCUGUGCUGAGCAAGGCUCAGAGCUCUGCGGCCAGACAGCUGUAUCAGUGAGCCAGAGGCAGACAGUGGCUCAACUUCCUGAGAUGAAGAAACUGAGACCUAAAGAGGUUAAGGGACUCCACUGAUGUGGCACUUCCGAUGUUCGGCAACCCCUGCGCCUUCCGGGAGACAUCCUGGAAGUCCCCAUUCCUGGUGACAGCCUCGGAGACACAGCUCUAAUUAAGGACUGUCCUUAGCCACACUUCCCAGAGGAAGGUGGCCAAGCAGUUUCACAUCCUGUGCCAAGACCCUUUUCCAGAUGAUCCAGGGAGUCACCCAGGCUGAGGAUUAACUAACUAAACUUAAUCCCUUUUGAACUGGGGAGAACAUCGCUCUUCCCAGGUUUCGCUAAAGCAUCAUCAAACCACAUUCUUGACUUUGCUUGGGAUGCAGAAGACGUAGACCACGCUGUCCACCAAUAAGGCCAGGACUGCAUUGCACAGGCUCUCCUCAUGCGCCACCCAGGGAUGUCCAGAACACAGUCCUAGAUGUAUCUCCGACAGGCUGAAGUUUGCCCUAGCUGCAUCUGAGACCUCCCUGCAGAUUCCCUUCCCUGCCGCCUGCUCCUGUGUCUCUGAGAUUUCUGCUCAACUCUAGGAGGGGUCUCCUCUCUUCCACCCUUCCGUCAACACAGAGGUCCCAGCAAAGGGUGGAGAUGGUGAACAUGAGGAAGAGGACCCUCAAGUACCUCACCUUCUUCCUGCUCUUCAUCUUCCUCACUUCCUUUGUCCUGAACUACUCCAACUCGGGAGUGCCCAGUGCCUGGUUCCCCAAGCAGAUGGUCCUGGAGUUCUCAGAGAACUUCCGCAAGUUUAUCAAGUCACAGCCGUGCACCUGCAGACACUGCAUCAGCCAGGGCAAAGUCUCAUAUUGGUUCGACCAGCGCUUCAACAAGACCAUGCAGCCACUGCUGACAGCCCACAAUGCUCUGAUGGAGGAGGACACAUAUCGGUGGUGGCUGAGGCUCCAGCGGGAGAGGAAACCCAAUAACCUGAGCGACACCGUCAAGGAACUGUUUCGCCUGGUACCUGGGAAUGUGGACCCCAUGUUGAACAAGAGGUUGGUGGGUUGCCGACGCUGUGCAGUUGUUGGAAACUCUGGUAACCUGAAAGACUCCUCGUAUGGGCCUGAGAUCGACAGCCAUGACUUUGUGCUGAGGAUGAACAGGGCACCCACAGUGGGCUUUGAGGCAGAUGUUGGGAGCAGGACCACCCACCAUCUUGUGUAUCCUGAGAGCUUCCGGGAGCUGGGAGAGAAUGUCAACAUGGUCCUGGUCCCCUUCAAGAUCACCGACCUGCAAUGGGUGAUCAGUGCCACCACCACAGGCACCAUCACUCACACCUACGUCCCUGUGCCCCCGAAGAUCAAAGUGAAACAAGAGAAGAUCCUGAUCUACCACCCAGCCUUCAUCAAGUAUGUCUUUGACAACUGGCUUCAGGGCCACGGGCGGUAUCCAUCGACCGGCAUCCUCUCGGUCAUCUUCUCCAUUCAUAUCUGUGAUGAGGUGGACUUAUAUGGCUUUGGGGCAGACAGCAAAGGAAAUUGGCACCAUUACUGGGAGAACAACCCAUCAGCAGGUGCAUUCCGAAAGACGGGGGUUCAUGAUGGCGACUUCGAGUACAAUGUCACAACUACCCUGGCAGCCAUCAACAAAAUCCGCAUCUUCAAGGGGAGAUGAUGCUGCAACCUAGUAAGGAUGGACACAACAUAUCACACCUCUCAACUUGCAGCCCCAGCAUCUCCCUAGAGCCACUGUGUUCCAGAAGUUCCCAGGGCUGAACUCAGGGUGUUUCCAGGCUUUCUGGCAGCCUCUUGCACCCUCAUUUUGGUAUCAUCUACAUAGCAAAGUUGUUCAACUCUCCCAGGAUACAGAGCAGGUCUCAGGCCUGCCCACAGUAGGAGCACUUCCCCACUGCAGUCCCCUAACUGGGAAAAAGUGAGCAGAUACCAAGAAAGGCCUAGCCUCCAAACAACAACAGUUAUUUUGGCUUCUGGGUUGGAUUGGAGGGUAGAGAUGGGGAAAACAAAAUCCUGAAGGUUCUGUGUUCAAAAGAGUGAACAUUUCCAGGAAGUCAUUUAGAGGCUACCACUGAACUGUGGACCUCAUGCUCAACUCAGACUCUGGCUAGGGAUGUUUGGGACAGUCAUCUGCAGAGCAGAACCACACUAGGUUACACCAGCAGAGGAGCAAGAUGCCGUUCUCCUUUGCAUGAAGCCUCACCUGUCUCUUGAUAUGACAUCCCCAUUGUCCCUUUCUUCAAAAAGGUCACUGAUGAUGGCUAGGCAAAGCUUCUGUCUCUAGAGUUCUUCCAUGGAAACCAGGCCAUGUAAUGCUGACAGCAGUGAAACCCUCGUCACCAUUCUGUGAUCCCCCAUCUGUAGUGAUACUGAUGGCCAGAGCAGGUCUGACUACUUCCACGUGCCUUUGAACUUGAGAAGAAAAAAAAACGCAUGCAUUGGCUGACAUGAAGUAAAAUCCCCAACUGGAGAAAGGGGACCUCCACCAGCACCCCGCUUUGCUGCAUAGCUCAAAAUCUUUUCAGAUGAUACUCUGUACCACACAGAGUAUACCAGGAUUGGGAUGGGUGUUCACUUCUUCAGACUGCUGGGUUCAGGAUCACUAACUACCAGCAUUCUUCCCUGGUCCUGAACACUGAGCCAAGUCCCUAGCAGCCACCUUCCUGGACUCGUUUGGGGUCGCACUGGGGACAUUCUAGGACUACAAUUGAAAUGCAUGUACCUCUUUUCCAGAGUUCUGUCUGUUCUUCCUCCUUCCUCUACAGAAAUCCUGAUUAUUUAUUGAUUUGUUAAUUCAGCUGACCCUGUGCAUACUCUUCCCCACAGCUGCUCACAGUGUGUUUUGUUGCUUUGCCUGUGUCGUGUGAGAGCAGGAGCUUGAAGGGAGAACACCCAAAUGUACGUGUUUAGACAUCUGGACUCGGGGCUUGCUGGUGGGCAGAUCCUGUGGCACUGACAAUCCUUGGUAGAAUCCGUGUCACCUCCCUUUCUAGUACAAGUGAUGCUUUCUUCCUCAUUGCAGAAGGGAGGACAGUAGGCACUUGGAGAUAACUGUCUCCUCCCUACAGAUAUUCAGGAAGAGAAACCUGUUCCUGUUGAAAAAUAUUCCCUAAAGAUCACAACAACUUCAUCAAGGCAGAUAAUGAGAGAGGUGUCUUGAAGGUUUGGGGUGAUCUCCCCUUGCUCAGGUUCCUCUCUGCAAGUAAGAGCCCAGGGACCCCACUCAACUUUAGGCCAUUCACAGGCAUCACCAAAGAGCAGACACCAAGAUUGCCAUUUUCUAGGAGUGUGUCCUGUGAGUGGCUUUGGCGUUGCUUUUGUUUAAUUUUCAGCGACUCAGAAUUCAGGCGUUUAAUGAGGGAGCAAUAUGGUUUCACUUUUAAAAUCUCUCUGACAUAAAAUCCUUGGCUGAAGAGGCUGGACUCCUGCGAGGUCCUUGCAGUGGAGGGGCCUCCUCAAAGGUCCCAGUUUGAGGAACUCAGCAGAUGUUUGUGGGUCAACAGGUCAGUCCCUAAGACAAAUCAAAAGUAGUGGACAUUGGCUUAGGGGGUGACAGUUCAGGUGUAGCUGGGUUCUACUGUAUGAGAGCAAGUGCCUGCAUCGGGAGUGUAGCCAUUUCUAGCUGAGUGCUGCUGCUCUGAAGCGCUUCUGUCUCUGUUGGCUCCUCCCACUCCUCUUCCCAACCCCCACUGGGGCCUCCUGCCUCCCUACCUCGCUGCCUUCCUCUCUCCCUCCCUCCCUCCCUCUGUCCCUCCUCCAGCCAAGGAGCCAAUGGUUCUCUGUCCCAUAAUCCUCAUCCUUCCCCUGUGUUUCACUGGCUCAGUAGUGGGCCCUUAACUGAAUAAAAUACAGUCAGUUGUGGCCAGAAUUAUGUGCAGCAAUUAGUUUAACGUAACCGGAGCUUUCCUUGGGUGUGGGAGGCUGAGUACAGGAAGAGGCUUCCCCAAAGAGACUGGGCUGGUUGACAGAAAAGCUGGUCCUGGGCACCAGGCAGAGAGCAAAGAGCUGGCUUCCAGUGCACAGGAAUCUACUAAAUCUAAGGGAAUUGGGGUGUGUGGGUUCUCAUCAGCACCCAAGACUACUAAUCUAAAGUGAACCAGGAGGCUGGUGUUUCUUGCACUGGUUGCAAUCUUCCACUCCUCUCAGCCUCUGUUAGGGGAGAGAGAAUCAGAUCUGUAGCCUUUGGUUCCUGGAAGUGACAAGCCGAAGAGGAAAGUCUUGAUUUCAAUGUCUUUAGGAUGGCUUUUGGGCAUCAGACAUCAUCCAAUAAGCCAUGUGGGCGUGGUUAGUGGAACACACCCCAAAACAGUGUAGAAUGGGGAGGCCACCAGCCACUAUCCAGGAGCUUGACGAUCUGAAGGUCUAGAGACCAAAGGAGGGAGGAUACAGUUGGUGUUGCAGUCUCCGCUGUGGCCACACGGGUCUGCUAAAGGCCCAUCACACUUCCUGGGAAUGUGGCCUCCCUGUCAGAGGUGGGAAGGCUUCACCUGUGCCUCUCAAAGUAGCUCCCAACAUGCAGGGUGAGGGAGGCCCAGAGGAUAGAGUGACAGCUGUAUACCCUCAGAACCUGGCAGCUGGAGCCACAGGUGCCAUCAUAGUCAGGUGAGAAAGAUUGGCUCCUAGGCAGCUCAGCCACCAAGGCCUGACUAGCCAAUUUUCAGAUAAGAUCAUCUCUCCUCUUUGUCACCCUCUCCUGUGCCCCAGGUGUUACCUAAUACCUGGAAAAAGCAGGCAUGGGGAAGAAAGCAAGCAGAGACCAGCAGAGCAGUGCCCCUAAGCCUUCUGCCUCAGAAUAUAGUAAAUGCAUCAUCAGCCAGGCUAGGCCUGGAGCCUGCUUCUCCCUGCUGAACCCCAUCCUUACCUCCCUAACCCUUCUGCUCAUUUAGCUUGUUCCUUGACUCUUCCUGCCCAGAGUCUGCCUCAUGGCAACAGCUUUAACCCUUUCUCCAGAGUCUAAUCCGGAUCUUGCACACCCUACUGGGUGAACAUGGGUAACUCCUGCCUCCACCCCAGACCCUUGCACAAUCACUUUAACUAUUUCCCAAGAGCCUGAUCAAACCACCCUAGUAGGUAGAUGUGGGUCCCUCCUGCACCUCCAGGCACAAUCAGUUUAGCCAUUUCCCAAGUCUCCUUCAGAGCCAAAGUUUUCCAAGCACUUUCUGCCCAAAAGCUUUUCCUUCCUUGCCUCCUGUGGCCCAGCAUUGCCCAUUUAAACUUUGCUUUCUCCUGCCCACAUCUUAUCAUCCUCCUGAUUGGUCUGAACGCAUUUCCAAUGAUGUUAGCAAAUCUGCCUUCCUCAGCCACUGCUGUUUUAUUUAUUGUUGAAUAUUUCCAAUGAUUUGAAUCAAAGUAAAUAAAAAGAGUUAUUUUAUUGUU